CAUGACACUGUGAUGGGACACAGGUGAUGAAUGAUUAAGUACAGUCGCUCAAGAGGCACUGUCAUGCCACAAAUUCACUUUCGGUUGCACUUUUGUAUUAUCACAUUUAUUUAUCAAACCACUGUUGAUAUUCCAUUUAUGUAUCAAACAGCUGUCUUACGUUACUUGCACCAUAAUCUUUUGUUGUGGCUAAUACAAUGCACUUCCAAGGUUGCAACUACAGCCAAACUGACCAAUAUUGCUAUUUACACAUUUUUUUAUUUUAUUUUGCAGAUAUUUGCAUUUGUAAUAAUAGAUUGAUUGGCUGAGGCAAUUAUUAGUCGGAACUGCAUGAAGCGUUGACACCUCUUCUAAUACAACUACUGCUUAGACAAGUUGAUACUUUCUUUAGUAAUGUACACUAACACAAGUUGAUACAUUCUUUAGAAAUGAACACUUAAUAACUAAUGCUAACAUUCUGUGAUUUCACUUUGGAUGCAGGAUUUGAAGGGGGUACAGUUGUUUUGAUCGCCAGUGAGUAUCUGCGUGCGUGUGUGUGUGUGUGUGUGUGUGUGUGUGUGUGUGUGUUUGUGAGAAAAUAUGUGAAAAUGAUGUGAGACGUACAAAUUAAACCAGGGUGGAUGAAUUUCGUGAAUCCUCUGCUCACGUGUCCCCCUGUGUUUACGUGGUUACGGUGGAGCUCGAGGAACCAGGGGCUCGUGGUGUCGCAACACUGUUUGUUCUCCACAUAAAAACUCACGCAUCAUUGGUGACAACGUUUUUAAGUGAAGUCACUCUUGCACGCUCGGAUGUGUCUAAUCCUGUGAUCAUGUCAACCAGCACAACGUCACAUUCGUAUGUAGACUGUGUGUAAACCAUAAGUGCAGCGUAAUCGUGGAUGAGCAUGUAAACAACAGACGCGAGAAACGAGGGUCUUCGUACAAAUGCGUUGAUCACAAACAAAACGAGUGUCAUUUAUAUAUAUACCAUAUGUCAUGCUCAGUGUUCAUCUCUGACCGAGCAACACGUUUGUUUUACAGUAGCUCGCUCCGGCCGUGUUGCUAACACGUUGUUGUGGUGUAAUGCUAACGCCUGUACGGUGCUAGUAGCGUCGGCUAGCGUUAGCCGGCUAGGAGCAACAGCUGAUCGCCACUUGACGUUGUCCGCGCGCAGUGUCAUUACAGAUAAUAGGACAGAGAGUAGUUUCUAUUUCGAGAAGAAAAAACAAAAACCGACAGUGAGACUGUACCUAGUUGUCAGGUUCGUGUCGCCGUGGUGGUCUGUGUCUGUGAUCCCACCCUGGUGUUGUUUCCCUCCAGCCCUCUUCUCUUUGUCAAUAAUAUGCUGCAGACCCCGCGGUGCAUGCUGGGAGAGUACGUGCAAAGACGUCAACCGAGCGGAAGGAGUAACGUGUCUCCGAUAACUUCACAACAGACUCCAGUGGAAAACAAACACGUCCGCCUCUAUGAAUCAGCGCACUUAUUUGGGUACGACGUAUCUGGACGUUGCUAAAGGCGCGGUUGAGGUCUUUAUGAAGCUGCGUGCCCGAGACCCGGCUAGUAGAGGCGACAGGUACAUGCUAGUUACAUUCGAUGAUCCACCAUACGGAGUGAAGGCAGGCUGGAAGGAGAACCAUGCCACGUUCAUGUGCGAGCUGAAGAACCUGCAGGCGUCCGGGCUGACUACACUGGGUCACGCUCUUCGCACAGCCUUUGACCUGCUUAACCUCAACCGCCUUGUCUCGGGCAUCGACAACUACGGACAGGGACGAAACCCCUUCUUCCUUGAGCCAUCUGUGAUCAUCACCAUCACUGAUGGGAACAAGCUUACACACAGCUCUGGGGUGCCGGAUGAGCUGCACCUGCCUCUGAACUCUCCUCUGGCAGGCAGUGAACUGACCAAAGAGCCCUUUCGUUGGGACCAGCGUCUGUUUGCCUUGGUGCUGAGGCUGCCUGGAGCAGCAGCGCCCGACAACGAGCAGCUCGGCAGCGUCCCAACAGACGAGUCCGCCAUCACCCAGAUGUGUGAAGUCACUGGAGGGCGAUCGUACUGUGUACGGACACAGAGGAUGUUGAACCAGUGUCUGGAAUCUCUGGUCCAAAAGGUUCAAAGCGGCGUUGUAAUCAAUUUUGAGAAGACGGGGCCUGAUCCACCUCCUGUUGGGGAAGAUAACGCCGUGGAGACGAGUCGUCCCGCGUCGACCUUCAGCCUUCAGCCGUGGCACAGUUGCCACAAACUCAUCUACGUGCGGCCGAACCCAAAGACCGGAGUGCCGGUGGGUCAUUGGCCAAUACCAGAGUCCUUCUGGCCGGACCAGAACUCCCCUACACUGCCGCCUCGCUCUGCUCAUCCCAUGGUGCGUUUCUCGUGCAUGGACUGUGAGCCCAUGGUGAUCGACAAACUCCCCUUUGACAAGUAUGAGCUGGAGCCCUCUCCGCUCACCCAGUUCAUCCUGGAAAGGAAGUCCCCGCACAUGUGCUGGCAGGUGUUUGUUAACAGCAGUGCGAAGCAAAAUGACCUGGGCCAGCCAUUUGGCUACCUCAAAGCCAGCACCACUCUGACCUGUGUCAACCUGUUUGUCAUGCCUUACAACUACCCAGUCCUGCUCCCGCUCCUCGAUGAUUUGUUCAAAGUGCACAAACUAAAACCAAACCUCAAGUGGCGUCAGGCCUUAGAGCUGUACCUGAAGACAAUGCCUCCGUACUACCUCAUGCCCUUAAAGAAGGCGUUGAGGAUGAUGGGUGCACCCAAUCUUAUAGCAGACACCAUGGACUGCGGCCUGAGUUACAGCGUCAUCUCGUACCUAAAGAAGCUCAGUCAGCAGGCGAAAAUGGAAUCAGACCGUUUAAUCGUGUCCGUGGGGAAGAAGGCCCCCCAGGAAACCGGCAUCAAGGUGAAGAACCACUCCAGCUCUCUCUCCCUGGCACACCGGCGAGACUUCAAGCAGCUGCUGCAGGGAAUCACUGGGGAGGGGCCUCUUCGACUGGGGGACAUCAACUUCAAGGAGUUCGCCGGCUUCCAGAUCGCCCUGCUCAACAAGGAUCUUAAACCUCAAGCUUAUCGAAAUGCCUACGACAUCCCAAGACGGAACCUUCUGGAUCAGCUCACCCGCAUGCGCUCCAAUUUGCUGCGGACGUCACAGAAACUGAUCCGAGGGCAAGACGAAGACUACCUGCACAGUAUUCCAGUGGCUCAGAUGGGAAACUAUCAGGAGUACCUGAAGAUGAUGCCGUCCCCUCUAAGAGAGAUCGACCCCGACCAACCGAAACGUCUGCACACAUUUGGGAAUCCGUUCAAACAGGAUAAGAAGGGCAUGAUGAUCGACGAGGCAGACGAGUUCGUAGCGGGCCCUCAAAGUAAGAAAAGAGGAAAUUCCAAUGAUUCCAGCUCGGCUGCCACUACGAAGAGAAGGCGAAGUAUGUCCCCGUUGCUGCGGCGGCCACAGAGUCCAGUGGGGAACACCAACCACGUGGCGGUGGGAAAGAACUCGGUCGGGGUUCAAGGGCAGCAGAACCUCAUCAAACCCAUUCCACAGCACAAAGAGGUGGAUGGCAACAACGUGGUGGUCCCUGAGAGUAAUGGCGACGGUGGUCUCGGGUCUGAGUUGGGGGAGAUCUGGCCCGCUGAGAUGGAGCCCGUGGAGGGAAACCCAUCUCCACCGACCCUCGAGGAGAAGGCCAGUAUGGGAGCAGUGGACGGGGGAGAGGACAUCAUCACGACAGAGGAGAGACCAGUGGAAGAUUGUCUAGACGAACAACCGCUGGAGGAGGAACACGACUGCGAGCGACUGAGUCCGCAGAGCGAGCCCGAUGAGGCCGAGCCGGCGGCGCCGGAGACCCUCGUCAUUGCACCACUAGACGGAAGCCAAGCGGAGCUGCGGACGCGGGUCAUAAAGGAGGUGCGCAAACCAGGGCGAAACUAUGAGGCAAUACAGUCACUACUGCAGCAGGUGAAAGGGCCCCUCAAUGUUCAGAGGUACUUCAUCCAACACGCCAUCAAAGAGGCCAUCAGGUUCAAGAAGCGGGUACUGAUCCAGCGGCUGGAGUCGGCUCUCACUGAGCUAGAGCAGAAGCACGGAAUGUCCCUGCCGCUUCUCAACGACCACGGCAGUUGGUGAUGAUGAAGUCGCCUUCACUUUAUUACCGAAGUAUGUUUUGUUUUCCUCACCGUUGAGUAUCACCACCAUCAGAGAGAUGACAUGGUUGACUUGCCUCAGAAAAGACAAACUGAGGAGCUGGAGGCGACAAAGGACAAAUGCACUGAGACCAUACGCUCCUACCGUCCCAGGGCAGUUACAUCACAUCCUGUUAGAGGCGGAGGGGGGGUCAGGGGUUUAACUGGAAGACGGGCCUUCAGCAUAGAUACACUGAGGAUGACUAAAGAGACUUUAAAUAUAAUCCUCUUCAUAUUGACAGAUGCCUUAAACAUUCAUACGGCUUUUGUCUGUAUCAGCACAUUGUGUUCAGAAGACAAACACACACACACACACUCCACACAGUGAGCCGACGGACCCUCGAAUGGCAGAGCAAAGGAUGGACGGGAUGGAUCUUUCCUGUUGUUGUUGUUGACAAGACCUUUCUUCAGCUGGUCUGAAAAGAGUUUGUCAGACUGCACCCGUGUUUUCUAGGGUAAUAAAAUGUAUGUAUCUAUCUAUCUUUGACUGACGGGAGAAAUCUGUUCCCACUGGUUUUCCCACUUAUAUUUUAAGUGUCAUAUCUGAUGUUGACAAUUGUUGCUGAAUAUUUUCACUGGGAUAAUCCAGUUCUCAGCUGAUUAUGUUGAUAUGCAUGAACAUUAAGGGUGGGCAAUAUGGAUACACAAGGGUAUCAUUUUAUGUAGCGGUAGCAAUAUAUAUUGUAAUAUAUCGGCAACUUUCUGAAACUUCGACUGAGAAACCACUGAACACCCUGACUGAAAUGUGUAUUAUUGGCUAAUAUAAAGCAAUGCUGGAAAAAUCUAGGUACAGUACACUGUCACAUUCAAGUUUUACCUGUAUUUAAAAAGGCACGUCAUUCUUAUUCACAAAGGGCAAAAUGACAGCAGCACCCUCCCCCACCCCCCCACCUACAUAAAUUACAAGCAGGCUUUCGCACAACCAAACAGACAACAGAACAAGAGUAGCAUGCACUCGCUGCGAGACAAACAGGAAAAGCACAAACAGCAGCAGAACAACGAUACAACAAUGUGCGGGACACAGCAGCAGACAAACAAGACAUUUUGUAGAUAUUAGUUAGAUAGUUGAAUCCUAGAUACUAGGAGAAGCAGGUGUCUGUGGAAAAGUCUUUCAAUAGAAUCCUUAAUAACUGACUGGGAGUAUGAUUGUCCAAGUUUAGUGUUUCCUGGAGGCAGCAGCCUGGAGGAAUGACAAACCGAACACAGAAUGGGAAAUUUCUACAGAAUAAGAAAAAAUAAUGCUGUAUAAUAUUGAACAUUUCCAUAUUAAAGAUAGUUACCUCUUUUAUAAACCGUGAAGCUAAAUGUUGAAUGGCCGAAUUGCACUCAUCUCACAGGACAAUUGUCCAUAUUGCCUGCCCUUAAUGUUUAGUCAUGAAGGUGACCUGAGGUCAUUCACUCACAUGUCCACCCCGGGUCCACGUUGUUACUAAAUGUUUGUGUCGACGCUCCAGGAAACAAAUGUCAUGCAAUAGUGCUUUUAAUGCCUGAAAUUGUUCAUUAUAGAAUACAGUAUUAAUAGUAACAAAUGGGUUUUUUUUACACAAUGUGUUGUAACUGUGAAUGGACCGAACACGAGAGUGUGUUUACUGAUUUAAUGCCUGAGCAUCGGCGUCCUCCUACCUGCCAUCACAGCAAUAGAACAUGGGCUCAGCGAAUGCAGCUGUUGGUAUCCAUUUAGAGGUACCCCCCCAUCCCUCCCACACACACACACACACACACACACACACAUACAAGUUACACUCACUUUCCUCCACAGCACAACAAACACUCCAUUGAUUCCCAGAAUUACAACUUUAUCCAGAGGACUCUGUGCAUGUGUCCGGGCUCUGUAGACAGCCGUUUAACAGCUGGUACAUCUGCCCCUCGGCUGCUUUCUUACACAAAGACCCCCUGUUAGCGCUCCUCCUUCAUCUGUCCUUGUUUUGUUUUGUUUUUUACGACAGUUGUACACUACUUUUUAAUGUUCAUAAGGAAUAUAGAUUAUUUUUGUGAAUUUGUUUAUUUCAGAGUAAUAAGAACUAUUUUGGAAGAAAAUGUUUAAAGCCAAUUUUGUAAACUGUUAAAUACGUAUACAAUAGUGUAAAGUUUUAUGAACAUGCUCUUUUUUUUAACAAAAGGAAAAAUAAACCACAGGUAGAAUGGUA